GACAGCGCGCGGCAGGCUGCUGAUGCUGCUCGAGUAGUUGCUUCUCUCUUCUGGUCGCCUCCCCUACAGCAUACCUCACCCAGCAAGCGCCCGGCGAGCAUCCGCAUGCGGAGCCGUCAUCGCGCUCUCUGUGGAGAAUAAGCCCUGGAUCUCUUUCUCCGAAAAGGCGAGGGACGUCAGUGCUCGGCUGCUUAACGGAAUAUGGAAAAGCCUUUAAAAAUCAAGAAUUUGAUGACAUAUUUUUGUUUUUAAUGUCUUAUACGUAGACAUUAUUGUUGCGGAUAUUUAACUUCCUUGCAUUUAGUUGCAUGUGCAUAAAAUAUGGAAGUUCACUUCUUAUAUUUCGUUCACGAUUCCAGCUGAGCAAAAUGCAACGUCUUUGAGGCACAAAUCUCGGUCCUUUCUCAGUCAGACCGGGACCUGCGUGUCAGAAACGCAAAGGGAGGGGGGGACCCUGUUAACAGUCGAAAUUUGAUUUGAUUUUGCUCCUGGUUCGGAUUGGAUCGGAUUAGUUUCCGCUGGAUGCUGGUGAGGAGAAGCCGUGUGAAUUCAGGAUGAUUUGACGUACAUAGGGAUUUUCAGCAGGGCUCCUGGAGAUAAUUUCUCUUCCAACUGAAAGCAGCUACAAUUAGGUAAAAAAGGGACCAAAGCGAGGCGGCAGCAAAGAAGACUGAACGCCCCUUCUUGGAGCGUUUCCCUCCACUGCCAAGUGUUCACAGCCGCUCGGGAUUUAAAACUAUCACCUCGCACGCAUCUUGGCUUCGGCACUUCCGAGGGGAAAACAGCCUUAAACUGCGGGAGAGAUGAAAGUUAUUCCGGUAGUGUUGUGUCUGGCCAUAUCCUGGAGUCUGAGGUGGAAUCCUGUGCUAUCCGAUUCCAUCAUACACAUCGGGGCCAUUUUUGAUGAAUCUGCUAAAAAGGACGACGAGGUGUUCCGCAUGGCGGUCGCCGACCUGAACCUCAAUAACGAAAUCCUCGAGACGGAAAAGAUCACCAUCUCGGUGGAAUUUGUGGACGGGAACAACCCCUUCCAGGCCGUGCAAGAAGCCUGUGAGCUGAUGAACAGGGGGAUCCUGGCCCUGGUCAGCUCCAUCGGCUGCAUGUCGGCGGGAUCCCUGCAGUCUCUGGCCGACGCCAUGCACAUCCCCCACCUCUUCAUCCAGCGCGCACCUGCGGGGACGCCCCGCUCCAGCUGCCCCGACACCAGCCGCUCCCGCACCGAGGACUACACCCUCUUCGUGCGCCCGCCCGUCUAUCUCAAUGACGUCAUCCUCCACGUGGUCACCGAGUACGCCUGGCAGAAGUUCAUCAUCUUUUACGACACGGAAUAUGACAUCCGGGGGAUCCAGGACUUCCUGGACAAGACGUCCCAGCAGGGCAUGGACGUGUCCCUGCAGAAGGUGGAGUCCAACAUCAACAUGAUGAUCACCAGCAUGUUCCGGACCAUGCGGGUGGAGGAGCUGCACCGCUACCGUGACACGCUGCGCCGGGCCGUCCUGUUCAUGAGCCCCGCCACCGCCAAGGCCUUCAUAACCGAGGUCGUGGAGACAAACCUGGUGGCCUUCGACUGUCACUGGAUCAUCAUCAAUGAGGAGAUCUCAGACCAGGAUGUCCAGGAGCUGGUUAUGAAGUCCAUUGGGCGGCUGACUCUGGUCAGGCAGACCUUCCCGAUGCCACAGAACGCCACCCAGCGCUGUGUUCGGAACAACCACCGCAUCAACACCUCUCUGUGUGACCCCAAGGAUCCCAAAGCCCAGACACUGGAGAUCACGAACCGGUACAUCUACGACACGGUGCUGCUCCUGGCGAACACCUUCCACAGGAAGCUUGAGGACAGGAAAUGGCACAGCAUGGCCAGCCUCACUUGCAUCCGCAAGAACUCCAAGCCCUGGCAGGGGGGACGCUCCAUGCUGGAGACGGUCAAGAAGGGGGGAGUGAGCGGGCUGACCAGUCUGCUGGAGUUCAACGAAAAUGGAACCAACCACAACAUCCACUUCGAGAUCCUGGGGACCAACUACGGGGAGGACCGGGGUCGGGGUGUAAGCAAGCUGGGGACCUGGGAUCCAGUGAACGGGCUGAACGGAACACUGUCUGAUAGGAAGCUGGAGAACAACAUGAGGGGCGUGGUUCUGCGCGUGGUGACAAUCCUGGAGGAGCCUUUCGUGAUGGUGUCGGAGAACGUCCUGGGUAAGCCGAAGAAGUACCAGGGGUUCUCCAUCGAUGUGCUUGACGCCCUCGCCAACUACCUGGGCUUCAAGUAUGAGAUCUACGUGGCGCCUGACCACAAGUAUGGGAGCCAGCAGCCAGACGGGGUCUGGAACGGUCUGAUUGGAGAGCUGGUCUUCAAGCGGGCGGACGUGGGCCUCUCGGCGCUGACCAUCACCCCCGAGCGCGAGAGCGUGGUGGACUUCACCACGCGCUACAUGGACUACUCGGUGGGCGUGCUGCUGCGCAAGGCCGAGCGCACGGUGGACAUGUUCGCCUGCCUGGCGCCCUUCGACCUCUCGCUCUGGGCCUGCAUCGCUGGCACCGUGCUGCUGGUGGGCAUCCUGGUCUACUUGCUCAACUGGCUCAACCCGCCACGCCUGCCCAUGGGCUCCGUCUCCUCCACCACCCUUUACAACUCCAUGUGGUUCGUCUACGGCUCCUUCGUCCAGCAGGGCGGCGAGGUCCCGUACACCACCCUGGCCACCCGGAUGAUGAUGGGAGUGUGGUGGCUUUUCGCCCUGAUCGUCAUCUCCUCCUACACAGCAAACCUGGCUGCCUUCCUCACCAUCACCCGCAUCGAGAACUCCAUCCAGUCUCUCCAGGACCUCUCCAAGCAGACAGACCUACCAUAUGGCACAGUGCUGGACUCCGCCGUGUACGACCAGGUGCGCAGUAAGGGCAUGAACCCCUUCGAGAGGGACCCCAUGUACUCCCAGAUGUGGCGCAUGAUCAACCGCACCGGCGGGGCCGACAACAACGUUGACGAGUCCAAGGAGGGCAUUCGCAAGGUGAAGUAUGGGAGAUUCGCCUUCGUGUGGGACGCGGCGGUGCUGGAGUACGUCGCCAUCAACGACGAGGACUGCUCCUUCUACACGGUGGGCAACAACGCGGCCGACCGCGGAUACGGCAUCGCCAUGCAGCACGGCAGCCCCUACCGCGACAUCUUCUCCCAGAGGAUCCUGGAGCUGCAGCAGAACGGGGACAUGGACAUCCUGAAGCUGAAGUGGUGGCCCCGGGACAGCCCGUGUGACCUGUACUCGUCGGUGCGCACGCACCCCCGCGGCAGCGCCCUGGACAUACAGAGCUUUGCGGGCGUCUUCUGCGUGCUGGCGGCGGGCGUGGUCCUCUCCUGCCUUAUCGCCAUGGUGGAGACCUGGUGGACCCGACGGAAGGGCUCACGAGUCCCCUCCAAGGAGGAUGACAAAGAGAUCGACCUGGAGCACCUCCACCGGAGGGUGAACAGCCUGUGCACCGAGGACGAGAGCCCCCACAAGCAGUUCUCCACCUCCUCCAUCGACCUGACGCCCCUGGACAUGGACUCGCUGCCGGCGGCGCGGCAGGCCCUGGAGCAGAUCAGCGACUUCCGCAACACGCACAUCACCACCACCACCUUCAUCCCUGAGCAGAUCCAGACGCUCAGCCGCAGCCUGUCCGCCAAGGCGGCGGCCGGCUUCACCUUCGGGGGGGUGCAGGACCACCGGACUGGCGGGGGCCCCUUCCGUCAGCGCGCCCCCAACGGCGGCUUCUUCCGCAGCCCCAUCAAGACAAUGUCCACCAUCCCCUACCAGCCCACCCCCGCACCCAGCUUCGGCUAUGGCAACGACCCCGACCGGGGCACGUCCAUAUAAGGGAAACCAUCGCUCAACACAACGGCAACAACAAAACAAGAACACACACACACACGCACCCACAUUCAGAAAAGAUAUAUGUGUACAUAGAAAUCUUUUUGGGUUUUCCUCGUUUUUUUGCUUUGCUUUUGUGGGGUGAAGUUGGG